AUGGUGGGCUUGUUUCUCCGCAUAUCUAAGGGCUUGUCUCUACGAAAAGGUAGGGACGAUUACUUCGAAUUGUUGGCACUGAUGGAGGUGGAACACAACUGGCAUCACAAUCGGCUUACCUCAAUCUGCUUGAUAUCUAAAAAGGACAUUCUAAUAACUGGAGUUGUACGUUCAAAUUCAAAUCUCACAACCCCAAAUCAAAGCCACAUUUGCCGCCGGCAAAAACGUCGAGGCCUGAAUAAAGGACUCCACAUCAAACCUCGCGGCCUGGGCCUUGGGCAAACUGGGCUUAUACCCAGCCCACUUCACCCUCUUAUCCGUCCCCGCCCCAGGCCCAGUAUUCUGAGACUCGGCGUAGAAAAUGGUGUUGGGCGGAUCCACAUUCGGUACCCACGAAAUCCAGCCCAAUGGACUCAAAAACGAGCCGAUGCUACUCCUCAUGAUGACCGUUGUGGAGAAAUCCUUCCAGGGCCGGCCCAAAUACGUCUGGGCCGUGAGCUUGUCCAAUGGGGUCAACACGCACUUGUCGAUGGAUAUCCCCGUGUUCUGAUUCGGGUCCUUUUUACCCUGGGCCGUGAUGGUCACGAACUGGUUGGCCAGCGGCUGACGUGGCAUGAUCCGGCAGCUUUGGAAAACGACGGCCGCAUUUCCGAACACGAAGUCGAUUGUUCCGGUUAUGUCACAAUCGCGGUAGAACUGGCGAUUGGAGUGCGCGUAGAGCGUGUCUUGAAAAGCGUCGAACGAGCACCGGUGGAAAAUGGAUAG